AUGUCUGGAGGCAGUGUUCGAGUUGAGCCGCCGUUUGUUGACUUCAGCGAUGUUUGCGUCGGGGGGGUUUACAAGACAACGCUCACGGCCACAAACAUCGGGAAAGGUCGGAAAAAGAUCAUCAUUGAGAAGCCCGCCAUGAAGUUGUUCAAGUUCACAGCAGCGGGUACAGCCGUGACUGUGGCUCCUGGUCAGUCUGUCAGUGGCCUGCUGCAGUUCACUCCAGAGAAAGAGGAGGUGGUCAGAGACUGCCUUCUGAUCCAUAUAGAUGAUGUGGAGACCAUUGAAGUCCCAUUGCUUGGGUUUCCCAGGACUUGCUCCCUCCUGACGGACUCGGUAUUAGACUUUGGUUGUGUUGCUGCCAGCAGUCAGAUAAUCAGCAAACACCAUCCUAUAACCAAUCAAGGAUCACAACCAGGUGUGUUCCAAGUGCAGUACAGUGCAGACCCUUCAAUCAAACUGUCACCCCUCAGUGGAGUCAUUGCAGCGGGCGCCACCCAGUGGUUAAAAGUUGAACUACGCACAGACAGACCCGUGCAAAUUGAUGAGAAGGCUCUGAUAAAACUCCAGAGUUUCUCUGCUGUAACUCUUACUAUCAGGGCUGAAGUGGUGGAUCAGCGGCUUGAGGUCUGUGACCUGAAGGGGGAUUCACUCUCCUGUCUGUGGUUUGGGCCUCUAUAUUAUGGGACAUCCUGUGUGAAGAAUGUGUUUCUGAGAAACAAUGGCCCCCAGGCCUGUGACUGGAUCUGCCUGCUUCAGGAUACUGCUGCUGGGACUGAAGUGGGAACCGACCUCCGAAAGAGCACAGACACCUCCCUGUGUGAGAGAGAGGAGCAGUGCUACCCAGCGGCGCAGGAUUUCUCUCAAGUCUUGGUGUGUGCACCUCAGCAGGGUCGACUGGGACCUUAUGACACAACCACUGUGGCCGUGAGCUUCAGUCCGUUUCGUAUCAGGCCGACAAGAGUGGAGCACAAUCGCUCAGACAGACGACAGGACUAUUGUCUUUUCCUGUUAUUUGACUCAGUGGGGAGGAGACAUGGCUUCACUCACCACAGUGGUAACAAUAGUGUGGAAAUGGCAGUGACAGGCUCUGGGCUGCCUGUCUCUCUGGUACCCAGUCCUUCUCAAAGGAUUGAUUUCCCACCCUGUAUGAUGGGCCAAAAUAUGGAUCUGCUGUGUGUGCUGCAGAACCUCUGCCCUGAACUUCCCGUCCACUUCCACUUCCGCAAGUUACCACAUUUCAUCACUGAACCUUUCAGGGGCACCAUAGGCCCUGGGCAGAGUCAGGAUGUAGUUUUGUCUUUCACUGCGCGGCAGCAGGGGAGCUUCCAGCUGUGCCAGAUGCUGGAUGUCUUAGGUCAUGUUCACCAGAGCAGUGACAACACGGCUGUUACUGAACUUAAGCUUCGUAGCUUCCACACAGUGGCUCUACAGCUGUCUGCUAUCUGCUGCAGUGAGACUCUGCCAAAACCUAAUCCUGACAUCAUUCCAGCAGUGACUAAAACAACUCGGUCACCACCUCGCGCUCAGCCUAGUGAUCUGGCUUUCUGUCAUGUGAGGGCACACGCUGAUGUCCUCAGCACCAACAAAACACGAGAUUCCAGGGAGACGAGUCAAAACGCAGAGGAGGAGGAGUCCCCGGCCUUUCCAAGCCGCAGGGCAUCUGACAUGAGGCCGGCCUCUUCAAACAGACAGUACAGGGCUGAUGAAUCCUUUCAUCGUUAUGCGGACACCAAGUAUGUUCUCACUGAGAUGGAGCAGAGACAGCAAAAUCAACAGAUUUACACAGACCUCAUCAAACAGCUCAUGCAAACACGGCGGGCGAGAAUAAAGAAGAGCGAUGCUAGACAGCAGGAAAAAAUGUUACAGGAGGUGGACAUCGGGAUUAUACCUGCUCAAGGACUUGUUCCCCCAAAACUUCGUAUCUGGGACAUUGAGAGCAGUGACAUCUCAAAAACCAAGCUUAAGAAUGCUUGUGCUUUCCCACAAACCAAAUGCAGCUGCCCAGGAAAAAAGACAUCCAUCCCCCUGCAGUUCAAAAGUCAGGCCUCAGAAGUAAUGAGUGCAGUUCCCUCUAACAGCCAGGAGGUGGCAGACUGCAGCAGGACUCUGACAGCUCAGGAAUUCUACCAAGUUGUCAUAGGUCCAUCGUUUCUGGACUUUGGCGAAGUGUGUGUGCAGUCGAUGUGUGUUCAGAAGCUGGAGCUGACCAAUCAUCUAUCAGUGUACGCCUGGGUGCAGCUGGAGAUGGACUGUCCGGAGCUGCAGGGCUCCUCACCCCUCUCCCACGUCCUGCCCCCCUGCUCACACAACACCUUACCGCUGACAUUUCAGAGCAACAAGCUGGGACACUUUUACAGACCUGUGUCCUACACUGUAAACCAGCAGCACCCCGGUCAGAUACUAGUCCAGGCUCAGGUCGUCCCCUUGGCUCUGGAACUGUCCACCAACCUGCUAGUGCUCCAUUCCGCCCCCACCUUACUUGCCCAGUCAGGAUAUAGAAGUUCAGUUACACUUCGAAACCAUGGAAACCAUGCCGCAGAAUUCACAUGGAGACCAAUAGUCAGAGAGAAUGGCGUCCUGUUCUCUAUUCGACCAGCUACAGGUACAGUGGAGCCAUUCAGGGAAUUGGACUGUGACGUGGUGUGGCAUCCCUCCUUCGCUUCCCCUGCAGAAGGAGACUUUGACCUGUGUGUCCACGAGGGCAACACACAACGCCUGUACUGUGUUGCCAAGGUUGGAUCCACUAGUGUCCAACUGGCAGAAACACAGGUGAUGUUUGGAUCAGUGCCUCUCAACAUGCCUUCUAUCAGAACUGCCAUCUUACACAACACUGGACAGAGCCAUGCCUACUAUCAGGUGCUAGAUGUGUGCCCUCUGCCAGGCCUGGUUGUGAGUCCAUAUGAGGGCGUGGUGCCAAGCCGGGGGCAAGCCGUGCUCAAGAUCCACUUCAGCCCUGAUUCUGUCUUCAGGUUCGACACCAGAGUGGAGAUUGAACUGAGGGGCAUGAAGUCCAUUGAGUUGAGGGUGGGCGGAUCAGUGGAGCCUCCAAAUCUUGACAUUAGUGUGUCCCAUUUCCAGUUCCAUGGCGUCCAUGCUGGUUCUCGGCGGGCGAUACCUUUCACUCUGACAAACUGCUCAUCAGCCGCAGCCCGGGUCACCUUCAACCUGUCACCAUAUGCAGACUUCUCUCUCCAGCUCCCUCAGCCCUCACACAAGAAGGGGCCAGGUGUGAGUGUUAUGGAAGUGCAGGGCUACCAGACGAAGGACUGCUCCCUUAUCUUCUCACCCACACAGGCAGCCAGUUACGACUUCGACCUGCCGGUGAUGGUCAACGGAGUGAGGUGGCCCAUUGGUCCUCUGUCUCCCUUCCCUACUCCGUCCUCCGCAUCCUCCUUCUCCUCUCUGUCAGCUGUCAGCUGGAAGCACAUGGUCCAGCCACACAGCCGCUCUGUCACCAUGGCGACACAACGGUCACCGUGCAUACAGGCCACAGUGCUGUGUGCUCCACUGGAAAUGUCCCCGUCAAGUUUACAGCUCCACGUGGAGCCUUGGGCACCACAGUCUGAAGUUUAUACUAAGACAGUGGAGCUGAAAGCAGUGAGUGAAGAGAGUGUGAUUUGGUGUGGUGUCAUCAGUAAGCAGUUGCACUGGUGGUUUGACUGCAGUGCAAUAGCAGCACCAACAGAGGACAGAACAGAGUGUGAGCUAUGUACAGUGACUCCAUCAUCUGGCCGUCUGGGGCCCAGCCAGUCCAUCUGCGUUGCGGUCAGCAUCAGGCCUGAGGCGAUCAGAACAGCGUCUGACAGAUUAAUCAAACUGUCCCUCCCUCUGUACUUGGGAUAUAAGGAUGGAGAGAGGAUGGAAGAAGAGAAGGAACAUCAGCCCUACCGAGAGCUGGCCAUCACUAUUACUGUCCAGCGUCCCAGUAUCACCUUCCACCCCCCUCAAAUCCUGCUUCGCCCAGUACCCCUGGAAAGCAAUGCAACGGCCAAACUCACCCUAGUGGCUGUGGGAUAUCCAAGUGGGACCAGGAUAUCAGCUGAAGUGGAUAAGAUGGACACGAAGGAUGGGACAAAGAUGCCGCCUGUUUCCGUCAUGUUUCCUGAGGGUAACUGCCUCCUUGUCCAAAAACAGGACCAGAGCCAUCCAAUAGGUUUGGGAAGCCAGGAAGCCAAUGUGACCUGUCUGAUUUGCAGUGUGUCCUGCUCUUCUGCCGUUCCUCUUUCCCUCUGCACAAAUAUCACAUUCACUGAACAGCACUUCAACAACAGGUUUAAGGUUAAGUUGAGCGCAAUCGCUGACAACUGUGUCUUGACAGUCUGGCCCUACAUGGCCCUGCACCGCUCGGAGCAACAGAUAGUUGUCAAGACUGGAGCCAUAGCUGAGGAGGCGAUCCUUCAGCGCUAUCAAACACCAAGUCCUGCUUCUGGCCUAGCGUCAUCCUCCUCCACAUUCGACCACAACAGCUCAACUAACAAGAGUUCAGGAUUAGGCAGUGGCAGUGUGAGUGGUCAGAGCAGCAGGGAUGAAGAAGUAGCUACAAAGAGACAGACCCUGGACAAUCCCGGCGUCCCACAAUUCCCUAAUGCCAACUCAGACGAAGGGCUGUAUCACCAGAAUGUAUUAUUGGCUGUGGAGAGGUGGUUUAGUCUCUUUGGCUGGCCCGACGGAACACAUCCUAUCUCUGUACCACACUCACUCAGAAGAGUUGUGACAAAAACUCAAAUGAAUCCUUCCAGUGGACGGACUUACCGCGUCAGCCAAAACAAAGACUACAGGUCUGUGAUGGACAUGUUUCAUCACCUGACUGGCAAAAAGAUUCCUGGAAUUCUUCACUCUGAGACAUUUUCUACAGAUAAAGACCAGCGGACCAAUCAGCUGUUAAAACAUCAUGAAGCUUUGCUUGCUUUUCUCAGGGUGCAGGGGGCCUCUCUCUGGCACAUCAGACCAGAGUAUUUGCUCGACGUGGAGGAUUUUAAACACUGGUGCUCCCAGCAGUCAAAUGAGGAAGAGCAUGGUCUGGACUACAGGAGUGUAGACUAUGAGUCUCUGAGCAAACGAUCCUGGAUGGAUGUGCUGCUGCAGAUAUACAAGGUAUUAGUCUUGUGUCGUGUGGCGGAGAGUGGUCUGAACACAAUUCUCAACCAGGAAGAUGUAGAUGGGAUCCACACUGUCAACUCACAGCCAGUGACCAGUAAUGUCUAUUCCGCCUGCGAGCUCCAGUUGCUCUCAUGGCUCAACAAGCACUUCCAGAACAUGAGGAAAACUGUCUGGGGUACAGGUGGCGUCCCUCCAGCACGCUGGAUAGUGAAUUUUGACCUGGACCUGACAGAUGGACUGGUGCUCGCUGCUCUGCUUGCUGCUUACUGUCCUUAUCUGAUCUACAGCCACUUCCAGAGGAUGUACACCACCCCGAGCAGCCUGGAGCAGAUCCUCCACAACAACAUCAUACUGGUCCAGUCCUUAACUGUACUUUCUCUCAACAUAGAUAUACAGCCCACAGAUUUGUCAGAUCCGAAUCCAGUGCAGAUGUUAAUGCUGUGCGUUCACCUGUAUGAGAGGCUGCCUCAGUACCUGCCACUGAACACUAUCACUCUAUCAGGAAGCCUGCACGGCACGUUCAGCAAGCAGGUUCGACUGAAAAGCCCAUCCUCUAAGCCUGUCAGAUACCAGGCCCUCAUUUUAGGAGAGGAUGCCCAUCUCUUCUCCCUGCCAGAUGGAUCUACUGUCAGCAUUCUUCCAAAGGCGAGCACUGAACUGACAGUCCAGUAUCGCUGCUCCUUCCUGCAGCCCAUGGAGGCCGUCCUGCUGCUCAUCUCCACCUCGACGUUUGGUCUGAGUGCCACCACUCUCGCCUUCAAUCUAAAGACCCAUGUCCGUCACAUCACACCCACAAAAACGGUCAAGUGUGUGUCACCAUGCUAUGAGCCGAGAGUGGUCCAACUGCUGAUAACCAAUCCUUUCAAUAAGGACGCUAAGUUCAGGGUGGUGCUGGUGGAGUCUACAUUCAACCCCCUGGAGCCUGAAAAGGAAAAAGAAAGCUUCAUUCAACAGGCGUCCUCCACAGCCCAGAUCGAGAAGACAGCUUCAGACAUGAGCUGUGGGGAGGAUGUGGAAGGAAACCCCUCAGCUUUCAAUGGUGAAGGCAGUGACUUCCUGAGUGCAGUGGGGAGCGUUUGUCUGAAGUCAGGCCAAACACACACUCUGAACAUCCACUACCUGCCCCUCUUACCAGGCACCAAGUUCGGCUCUGUGCUGCUAGUCUGCCCGCAGGUAGGCGACAUGGUCUAUAUUGUGAAGGCCACAGCAGAAUUGCCUCUUCCUUCCCCGCUCACUGCCAGGCCAACUUCAAACAUAGUCUUCAUCACCAGCAACUCUGUGCUAAGCCUGCGCUGCAAAGUGGAGCAGGUGUGCGAGGUGAUGGUGCGUGUGCCGCUGAUCAACGUGGCCUGGGAGCGAGCUCUGGCCAUCUGGGGUCAGCAAAGCAUGAGCGCAGAGGAGCACAGGAGGCGGAUGCUGACACACACGUUGUACAGUAGCACUGUGAGGGCAUCUACAGCCAUACGCAAGCUCUCCAAUCAACAGUUACACACACAGACGCUCUAUGGAAAGCAGGCCCAGCUGUUGAGUGGUACUGACCAAUGUAAAGUGGUUACAUAUAGUGUUGAGGUUUCUUUGCCACAGUACUUCACUUUACCCAGUACUGUUCAAAUACCUAUAAAGGAGGACACCAAUGUACCAUGGGAGGAUCCUGCAGAUUGUGGCUAUGUGGACAUUCCAUUACGGUUCCAGGCAGACCGUGUGGGACAAUUCACAUGUCAGAUGGUCCUGAAGACUUCUCGUGAUAUCAGGGUCUACAUGCUGGAGGCACUGGUUACAUCAAAGGGAGAAUCCGUUCACCUGGACUUCAGUUCGCCUGCUCACUGUUCAGUCACACAAGACAUACCCGUGCACAAUGAGACCCAGCAAGACUGGAACAUGCAAGCUGAGGUGUGCGGUGAAGGAUUCUGUGGUCCAAAGGUUUUGAAUGUACCAGCUGGGACAAAAGUCUGCUACCCCCUCUCCUUUCACCCGUCUGCACAAAGUAUCUUCAUGGGCAAGCUGUCCUUACAGAAUGACUGGGAUGGAGCUGAGCAUGUGUUUACCCUCAGAGGAGUGGGAGAGCGCCCCCUGCCUGUGGACCAUGUGGUAUCAUAUUGCCCUGUUGGGAAGACCUCAUAAACUCAGCUGGAUGUCCUCAGCUACAGCCAGGAUAAGCUCAGUCUCAAGGUAGAAGGACGUGAUGGGAAUGAGUGCCACACUGUUACUGAGGAGGUUUAUUCUGGUGGACACUCACACUCAGGGGGGAAAAGCAACAAGACAGACCACCUGGAAUCCACCAGCCAGUCCCCAGCCACCAAACCACGGUCUGGGUUCCAGUCGAGGAGGUCCAUGGCAUGUGUGUGUUUAUCCGUCUCUUCUGUCCCCAUGACAACCGUUAUCUGUGUUUGUGUGUGUGUCCAUCCCCACUCCUCCACCAAGCUCAGUGUCUGCUUUAGACCAUCAUCCAUUGGUGAGGGGAACCACAUCACUUUCACAUGCCCUCAGUCGCCAAAAUUGUGUGUGUUGUUGAGUGGGCGUGGCCUUAAUCCGGAGAGCGAGGAGCCUCUUGGCAUCUCAUCCAAGAUUCGCUCCCAUGCCUCCGUCACCGGUCCCUUCAAAAACCCCACUGAGUUCCCAGCCUCACUCAGCAUCACAAUCACAGGUCACAAGCACUUUAGCCUUUCUCAGACACGUUGUUCUUGUUGCACAUAUGACCCAAUUGGUAUACAACUCACUGAGGGCCGGUUUGAUGGGCCUGUAGUGUUUGUGCCCAUGUCUGCGGAGUUACAACACGCCUGGCUCUGCAUCACCAUGAGGCCCCUCAGCAGCUCAGGCAAUAACACUAACUUCAGCACAGACGGCACAAGGAACUUGUCAAUCAUCUGCUGGAUUUGUCCUCUCUGUGGGAUUCCCAUGGAAGUGCCUGUUGAGAGCUCGCCACUUGGCGUGGUCUGGUGUGAGGCGGGCUGCCAGCUGGAGAGGAAGGAGGAUGUACUGCACUUCCCCUGGUGUGCCGGGGAAUCAAGACUGGAAAGGACGGGAAGGGGGGGCGCCAGUUUGAAAAUGUUUUACCCAGUACAGUCUGCUACACUUUGCUGGGCGACAGUGGAAGACUCACUUUGUGAGGUUCGUUCAAACAGCGAAGCAGCGCGCUCUGAGGUGGAGGAAUGUCUUUCUGCAUCCAUCGAGGCAGCGAGGAGGGACCCUGAGACCACCCUUCAUCUAGUCUACACUCCCCUCAGGCCAUGCAAGUUACUGACCCUGUAG